AUGUCAGGUGUUAAUGUUACGGGUGGAAAUGGGACGAUACAGCUCAUACUCGUAAACAACUGCCAAGAGAGUGUAUGGCCAGGAAUUCUAAGCAACGGCGAACACCCUACAAUCAAAGACGGCGGAUUCCACCUCCCAAGCGGCGAAGAGCUUGUUCUCCGAGUCCCUAACCACUGGGCAGGUAGAAUCUGGGGUAGACAAGGCUGUUAUUUCAACGAAACAACCGGAAAAGGCUCGUGUCAAACCGGAGACUGCAAUGGCCAAUUAAAAUGUAAGGGAAUUGGUGGUGUCCCUCCAGCUACACUUAUUGAAAUGACAUUUGGGACCUCACAAUCAUCUUUACAUUUCUAUGAUGUUAGUUUAGUUGACGGUUUUAACCUUCCAAUGUCAAUGAAACCUAUUGGUGGUAGUGUUGGUUGUGGUAUUGCUUCUUGUCAAACUGAUUUGAAUGGUUGUUGUCCAUCUUCACUUGCUUUGAAACAUGAUGGAAAAGUUGUUGGAUGCAAAAGUGCUUGUUUGGCUACAAAAUCAGAUAAAUAUUGUUGCACUGGUGAAUUUGCUGAUCCAAAAAUUUGCAAGCCAACUAUGUUUGCUCUUGUUUUUAAGAGUGUUUGUCCUCAUGCUUAUAGCUAUGCUUAUGAUGAUUCAACUGCGCUUAUGAGGUGUUUGGCAACUACAUAUGUUAUUACCUUUUGCCCUGCAUGA